GCUCUCAUGUAGUUAUGGAAUGUAAUAUAUCAAGUGGCAUAAAUGGCUUGAUUCCAUUCUGGCAAGUUAAUGAUGAGGAUGUUGAUAGCUUUGAUAGCACCUACAGGGAACAGUUUUAUGAAGAGGGGAUGCCUCAUGGACUUGCUGUAUCUGGAACAAAAUUUAACAUUUCAAAAGUGAAAGUAAAGGAUUAUGCUCAUAAAUUUUUCUGUCACUUCAUAUAUGGUUCUCAACAAUUUACAGCCUACAUCAAAUUGGAACGCCCAGUUCAGAACAUUCAGCAUUACUUAAUUGGAGGAGGAGUUUCUUUGGUAUUUUUAGUGUUUUUUACUCUCUUUAUCUACAAGAUCUUCAAAAUAGAUAUUGUGCUUUGGUUUCGGGACUCCUGCCAUCCUUUCCUGGGUAAAAAAGUUUCAGAUGGGAAGAUCUAUGAUGCUUAUGUUCUGUAUCCAAAGAACAGAGAAAGCUGCUUGUAUUCAUCAGAUAUUUUUGCUCUGAAGAUACUGCCAGAGGUCUUAGAAAGACAGUGUGGAUAUAACCUCUUCAUAUUUGGGAGGGAUGAUUUACCAGGAGAAGCUGUGAUCAGCAUCGCUGAUGAAAAAAUCCAUCAAAGUAGAAGAGUGAUAAUUGUUUUAGUACCAGAACCCUCCUGUUACAGUAUUCUGGAAGAUGUGUCUGAAAAGCAGCUAGCCAUGUAUAGUGCUCUUAUCCAAGACGGCAUUAAAGUAAUUCUCAUUGAACUUGAAAAAAUACAAGAUUACACAACCAUGCCAGAAUCCAUCAAAUAUAUUAAGCAAAAGCAUGGGGCUAUCCGAUGGAAAGGGGACUUCUCGGAAAGGUCUCGCUCAGCAAGUACCAGAUUCUGGAAGAAAGUGCGCUACCACAUGCCAUCCAGAAAAAAUGGAUCUUCAUCAGGUUUGCAUUUGUUACCAAAAGACUUUAAUUCUCCCUAA